AUGGACAGUAAGGGGAGAUCUCUGCCAGCAAUGCCUGAGCCCAGGAGCCCUGCUAGCAUGAAGCAGCCCCCUGAUUCACCAGGUGGCCGCAAAGGGCGGGGCGACAUGAGCGUCGACCCUGCUCUGCUGAUGGAUAAAGCGACCGCUCAGCUAGCCGCCACACCCCAAGAGGAUGUUCUGCAGAAAAUUGGCAACCAUAACCACACCCACAGUCAUAACCACACCAAAGAGCGUCUGAAGGACCUUACAUCACGCUUGCUGAAUGGUGAUCAGGACAAAUUGCCGAAGCUCUGUGCCACCACAGUAACGCAACCCCUCCUGAAAGGGGUAGAGCCAACAACCCAACUCUCCAGCCCCCAAAGGAAGUCUAGCUCCUCCCCUGAGCUGACACUCAAAAUUACCAAGUUUGUUGCCAAUGGGAAGCCGGCGGCGACAGCCCGAUAUGAUUCAGGUUAUGCAGAUGAUGGGCUGCAGAGUCCAAAUUCACCUUUGGGACCACCUGAAGGAAUUCUGGGUGUCCCAAGUGCUAGUAAAGAAGGAAGGAGGAGGAAAAAAGGCCCAGUGAGGAAGAGAACCCCGCCAAAUCGUAGACGCUCUCACCUGUUGCAGGACAGGGCAGCUCAGAUAUGCAACACCACGCAGUCAUGUGAUACGACGCCCGAAUCACACGAUCCCACCACAGUUCAGGCUGCCGAGUCACAUGACCAGCCUGUUUCUGAAUCAUGUGACCUUGCCGUCAAGUCUAAUAACCAGAGUGGUGUUGAGUUACCUGCCGCUGUUCUGUUCGCACCUGUCCAGCAGCCGAAAUCUUCAAGUGAGCUGGGUGCAGACAGCCAACCUCAGGUUCAGUUCUCUUUGGGAGAUGUGGUCUGGACCAAGGUAUCUGGAUACCCCUGGUGGCCUUGUAUAGUCACUACAGACCCAGAAUUCAACCUGCACGUCAAGGUGAAAGCGGCUGGUGGUCGUUCAGGACCGCUGUACCAUGUGCAGUACUUUGGUGAUACUCCAGAGAGAGGCUACGUGUUUGAGAAGAGCAUGGUUGCUUUCAGAGGAAAAGAGCAGUACGCUGAGCUGUGCCGUAGCAACAAACAACUCAGCCCCCGCACGGAGCGCAAGAAGCUAUCAAUCCCCCGUAAGCUUCGGUUACCAUGGGAAACAGGCGUGUCUCUGGCCACAGAGGCAAUUGCUCUAACUCCGGAGGAGAGACUGGCCAAAUUCAGCUUUGUAUAUGAAAACGGCCAACUGCAGUUCAACCCCCGGAUGUUACAAGAGCUCAGAGCACAACACCAACCAAAACUGCAGCAGGAGGACGGAGAGAUGGCCAGGCUGAAUCCCACACCCGACUCUGAGUCCCAGCCCACGGUCGCUCAGCUCCUACCUUCUUUUCCCUCUCAACCCCACAACAGCACUUCAGCAGAGAAAAAACCCUCAGCUUCAAAAGCACCUAAAGCCCCGACCAGAAGGGGGCACCAAAAGGAUCCUAGAGCUUCAGGCCAGAGCAGGCCGAAGACUGCAGUCUCGACUAAAGAGACCACCCUCACCAAGUCUACCCCACAGAAAGAAGUCAAAAGGCUAAAGCAGAAAUCUGUAGUCACUGCCAAACCCAAAAAGAAGACUAAGACUGGUGCCGUCAUGACUGAAAACUCACAAACCAAGUCCCUAAACCCUGCAGUCUCAGGUAAAAAGAGCACACUGAAACGACCUCCUGAGGAGAUGACAGAGGAAGACCAGACGCUGCCCCAGAAAAAGAAAGCCAAACUGGAGAUGCUUGGCAAAGAGCAAAAAUCAAAGUUUGAUUCAGUGGACCCCACUGACAUGACAAAAGGAAAAAAGCGCCAGAAAACGACUACAGAUGGAAGAGCGAAAGGAUUGGUCUCAGGGGAGGAGCUUCCUGUUAAGGCCAAACGUGUGAGAAAGAGGAAGCAAGACUUAGGCAGCCAAUCAGCAGACACUGCGUCCAAAAAGCGCCGCCCAUUGCCCCAACCCGAGCCAGAGAGACCUGAUUCUCCCAGUUCUAGCACAGAUGAAACUCAAACUUCCAAGAAAAAUGAACGUGUUGCUGGUGCCAAGAGAGAAAAUGUGUGUCUGGCGUGUGAGCAGACGGGGGAGGAUUUGGUCUCCUGCGAGGGACAGUGCUGUGGUUCGUAUCACCUUGGCUGUGUGGGUUCGACCCUCAGCCCAGAGGAAAAAGUGCUCUGCCAAGCCUGCCGAACAGGUGUGCACGCAUGUUUUUCCUGUAAGCAGUCUGAUGGAGAGGUGCGGCGCUGUAGUGUUGUGCACUGUGGUCGUUUUUACCACGAGGCGUGUCUGCGGUUAAACGCUUUAACCGUGUUUGAGAACCGAGGAUUCCGCUGCCCUCUUCACACCUGCCUCAGCUGUCACUACAGCCGCAACACCGCCAAGGCAACUAAAGGUAAGAUGAUGCGUUGCCUGCGCUGUCCUGUAGCCUACCAUGUGGGAGACCAGUGCGUCGCAGCAGGCAGUGAGAUGUUAACUCCUACCGCCAUCCUUUGCACAAACCACUUCAACGCCAAGAAGGGGUACAGCCACCACUCGCACGUCAACGUCAGCUGGUGCUUCAUCUGCUCUAAAGGUGGCAGUCUCCUGUGCUGUGAAUCAUGCCCGGCUGCUUUCCACCCCGACUGUCUGAACAUUGCUAUGCCAGAUGGCAGCUGGUUCUGUAAUGACUGCCGUUCAGGCAAAAAGCCCAAGUACAGAGACAUCAUCUGGGUCAAACUGGGCAACUACAGGUGGUGGCCCGCAGAGAUCCGGCACCCUCGGAACGUCCCCACCAACAUCCAGAAUCUGCGGCACGAGAUCGGAGAAUUCCCCGUGUUCUUUUUCGGUUCGAAGGACUACUUCUGGACACACCAAGGUCGCGUGUUUCCUUACAUGGAGGGAGACCGAGGUAGCAAGCACCAGAAAACGGGCAUUGGGAAGGUCUUUAAGAACGCCCUGCUGGAGGCUGAAGCUCGUUUUAAGGAGAUAAAGAUGGAGCGAGAGGCUAAAGAGGCUCAGGAGAAUAACAGGAAGCCUCCACCCUACAAAUACAUCAAGAUUAACAAACCGUGCGGACGGGUGCAGAUCUACACGGCUGAUAUCUCAGAGAUUCCCAAGUGUAACUGUAAGCCCACGGACGAGAAGCCGUGCAGCUUUGAGUCGGAGUGUCUGAACCGCAUGCUGAUGUACGAGUGCCACCCUCAGGUGUGCCCGGCGGGCGAGCGCUGCCACAACCAGGACUUCACCAAACGCCUUUACCCCGAAACCAAGAUCAUCCGCACGGCAGAGAAGGGUUGGGGGCUGCUGGCCAUGAGAGACAUUAAGAAGGGAGAGUUUGUGAAUGAGUAUGUGGGAGAACUGAUCGAUGAAGAGGAGUGCAGAGCCAGGAUCAAGUACGCCCAGGAGAAUGACAUCACACAUUUCUACAUGCUCACUAUCGACAAGGAUCGGAUCAUCGACGCUGGUCCCAAAGGAAACUACUCCCGCUUUAUGAAUCACAGCUGUCAGCCCAACUGCGAGACCCAGAAAUGGACGGUGAAUGGGGACACGCGCGUGGGACUGUUCGCCGUCUGUGACAUCGCCGCAGGCACGGAGUUGACCUUUAACUAUAACCUGGACUGUCUGGGUAAUGAGAAGACCGUGUGUCGCUGCGGAGCGCCAAAUUGCAGCGGUUUCCUUGGAGACCGACCCAAGAACGGCCAGGCCUCGGAGCACAAAGGCAAAGCGCAGAAGAAGAAGCCAAAGAAACGGCGGGCUCGAAACGAGGGGAAGAAACAGUCGGAGGACGAGUGUUUCCGCUGCGGAGACGGGGGAGAGCUUGUUCUGUGUGAUAGGAAAGGCUGCACUAAAGCGUACCACCUGUCCUGCCUGGACCGUACCAAGAGACCAUUCGGUCGUUGGGAUUGCCCGUGGCACCACUGUGACGUAUGUGGGAAAAACUCCGACGCGUUCUGCCAGCUCUGCCCCAACUCCUUCUGCAAGGCUCACCAAGAGGGGGCGCUACGUCCCUACCCUGCCACGGGCCAGCUGUGUUGCCAGGAGCAUGAGGACUCAGAAAUCCUACCGCCCCUGGAGCCGGCCGACGACAAAACCCCCUCCUCUGAACUAACCCCGCCCACCGCCAAACCCUCCAAGGAGCGUCGCAAACCGGCCACGAAAACCGCCCCCGACUGCGUUCCCAAAAAAGGUCUGAAGAAGAAUUCCAAAAAGGCUGAGGAAGCGUAG